GACGGCACUAACAACUUCGACAUUCUGAAACCGACUGCGAGACAGCGAGCAUAUCGACAUUGACCCACUGAGGCAUUGCGGGAACGCACUGUACGGAAUCUGCAUCACUCCGGACCGCUGCUACCUCCUCCAGACAUCAGCAUUCUGCUGCCACUUGGGCGUUGAGUCACUGCAAAAUCAACAAUAUCAAGCACUUCACAUCACCUCACUCCCACAAUGCCCGGCGCGGUGCUGGGCCAGACGCCCUCGCUCCGCACCUUUCUCAAGUCCCAAAAGUCACAAGACGUCGACACAUCAAUCGAACUGCUCGUCUCGCUGCUCAAAAGACGCCAAAUCCGCAACUCGCGCCCCUGCGCUAUCGCCACCGCACAGCUUCUCCUGCGAGUCGUCGGCAGCUCGCGAUGGAAGGACUCACAGUCACUGAUCCGCCGCAUCCGCGAGGUGGGCAGGAAACUGGUGUCCGCACAGCCGCGUGAGAUGGCCGUGGGCAACAUUGUCCGGCGCGUGCUUGGUGUGGUUCGCGAGGUGGCCGAAGACGACACGGACGAGAAUGCAUCGAGUGAUGGCAUCGGCAGCCCUGCACUCGGCGGAGCAACGCAGCGCCCUGCUCUGCCUACGCAUCUUUCGAGCUUCAGCCCUCUCCACCACGGCGCUGCGCUUCCACAGCAGACCAUUCCUGGCAUCAGCAGUCCGGCAUCCCCAUCUAUCGACGGAAGCCAAGAGCUCCCACCACAACGACCUCACGUGCCUUCUUCGGCUGCAUCCUACGCUGGCCAAGCACCACAUACCGGCUCCUUGUUCGGUCUCUUUCAGCAACCCUCAGGUCUCUCCCCCAUGGCCACGCCACCGAUGGGCUCUGGGACUGCAACGCCGACGCAAAGAGCCGCGAAACAAGACGACAAACCGAAGAUUGACCUCCGAGCCGAAGUGUGCUCGGGUAUAGACGAUCUUCUCGAGGAACUCGACAUCGUGGACACGCAGAUCGCUGAGUCCGCUCUCGAUCACAUUCACAGUAACGAAAUUAUUCUCACACACACCUCCAGCCAAACAGUGCAACGCUUCCUCGCAGCAGCCGCUAAGAAACGCAAAUUCACUGUCGUGCAUGCUGAAGCUUACCCCAAUGACCAUCAAAUCACCCACUCCACUAUUGUCAACGGCGGUACGAAACAGAACCUCAGCGACGAAGAAGACUCGCCACAAGAUCGCUGGAAACCCCUCACCCAACUCGGCAUCAAGGUCAUUGUCAUCCCGGAUACUGCCGUCUUCGCCCUCAUGUCCCGCAUCAACAAAGUGAUCAUGGCGCCUCAUGCCGUACUCGCCAACGGCUCCCUCAUCGCCGCCUCCGGAGCUAGCACCAUCGCGCAAGCGGCCAAGGUUCACCGCGUCCCCGUUGUGGUGCUCUCGGGUGUCUACAAGCUUUCUCCCGUGUACCCUUUCGACACGGAAGAACUCAUCGAAUAUGGUGAACCGAGUCAUGUAGUUCCCUACCAGGAUGGAGAGUUUAUGGAUCGCGUGGAUGUGGUCAAUCCCAUUUUUGAUCAUGUGGAUGCAGAUUUGGUGGAUUUAUACAUUACCAAUUUGGGAGGACAUGCACCAAGUUUCCUCUAUAGGAUCGUGGCGGAUCAUUAUCGGGUGGAAGACAUUGACUUGAGUGCGAAAGUCUGAUUGUGAGAUGUCAACGUUUUACCGUGCUAGUGCAGUCGACUAUGGUUUUCAGGGUAUGGAAUAUGACCUUGUGAGUCUGAAAGAAAAUGACAAGCUUGCGGCAGCUGCAAUGCCAGCAGACUAGACACCCUCCGUCAAGUCGACGAGAGCUUCUGCUUUCCGCUUCUGCCAUCAGCUGUCAGCUAUCCCGUUCCUCCUCAACUCCUUAAUAUUUGUCAUAGGUGACCCAAUUGGCG